AUGUUGAUCCUGCCAGGUUCUUCGUCGAUCUCGCAUUCCAAACGCGAGACACUAUUGCGCGAUGUCAAGAAGAAAUGCCCGACGGUCGCCUCUGUCGAUGCUGUUUGGAUCCACCUUGUCCAAUGCAAAACACAGGAACACGAGGUCGAACUAUCGAAGACUUCAUCUCCAUUCAGAAUUCUUCUCGACAGACUCCUCGCCUACGGUGACAUCAUAUCGCUUGAAGGGACCUUGGCUGCGCUGACGGCCCACCAAAAUGUCGCAUAUAUUCUACCAAGAUCGGGGUCCAUUUCUCCCUGGUCCACCAAAGCCACCGAUAUUGCCCUUCUCUGCAAUCUCGGCCAGCAUGUUGAGCGUCUUGAACGCGGCAACGCGUUCAUUUUCACCACAACCGACCACAAUCCCAUCACCGAAGCAGAAAUCGCCACAUUCGACCACCUAAUACAUGAUCGCAUGACCCAGGUUAUCGACCUUUCCCCUCCACACCAAUCCGAACUCUUUCUCCACGGGAAACCGAAACCCCUUCGUAUCGUGGAGCUUACACCUCAGCCCUCGUCUGAAGAUGCGAAAGCGAAACUAAUCAUCGCCAACAAGGAGCUCGGCCUCGCAUUGGCACCUGAUGAGAUAGCAUAUCUCGUCGAUGCCUAUGUUUCGGGGGAGUCCGCUAUGGGUCGCGACCCAACCGACGCCGAACUCUUCAUGUUCGCGCAGGUCAAUUCAGAGCACUGUCGUCACAAGAUCUUCAACGCAUCCUGGACUAUCGAUGAUCAAGUGCAACCUUCAUCCCUCUUCCAAAUGAUUCGAAAUACAGAGAAGAUUAGUGCCAAGGGUACAAUCUCUGCCUACUCCGAUAACGCCGCCGUCCUUGAAGGGCAUUCAGCCCCACGUUUUGGGGUAACCUCUGGACAACGGUACGAGACGAAGGAGGAAGACAUGCCUAUUCUGAUCAAGGUCGAGACGCACAAUCACCCGACAGCCGUUUCGCCAUAUCCAGGUGCAGCCACUGGGUCUGGUGGCGAGAUUCGUGAUGAAGGUGCGGUUGGGAGAGGGUCGAAGCCGAAAGCUGGGUUGGCAGGAUUUACAGUCUCCAAUCUCCUCAUCCCCGGUUACGAGCAGCCUUGGGAGACGGAUUUCGGUCGUCCUGGCCACAUUGCAUCUGCGUUGGAUAUCAUGAUCGAAGGCCCACUUGGCGCAAGUGCCUUCAACAACGAAUUCGGGCGACCGGCGCUAGCGGGGUAUUUCCGUACGUUCUCCGAACGUAUCCCACUUUCUAUCGACACCAGCCAUAGCGAGGUUCGCGGAUACCACAAGCCCAUAAUGAUCGCAGGCGGGUACGGGAACGUACGUCCUCAGUUCGCGAAGAAGCAACCCAUCGCAUCGGGCUCGAAGAUCAUCGUCCUUGGAGGGCCGGGUAUGCUGAUUGGGUUGGGUGGAGGUGCUGCUUCUAGUCAAGUUUCAGGCGCCAGCUCUGCAGAGCUGGACUUCGCCUCUGUUCAACGUGACAACGCUGAGAUGCAGCGGCGUUGUCAGCAGGUCAUCGACGCCUGUGUCGGCAUAGGAGAUGGGAACCCCAUCGAGAGCAUUCACGAUGUUGGUGCUGGCGGAUUGUCGAACGCUCUUCCAGAGUUAGUGCACGACUCGGAGCUCGGCGCGAUCUUCGAGAUUCGGGACGUGCUCGUAGCAGACUCUUCGAUGUCUCCGAUGGAGAUCUGGUGCAAUGAGAGCCAGGAACGUUACGUCCUUGCUGUAUCGGUGGACAAGCUAGACACCUUUGUAGCCAUCGCAGAGCGCGAGCGAUGCCCCUUCUCUGUCGUCGGCGUCGCGACCCAGGAGCAGGAGCUCAUUGUUACGGAUCGGCUCUUCAACAAGGACGUUAUCAGACUAAAGAUGUCCACUCUCUUCGGCAAACCUCCCAAGAUGUCGAGGAAGGACACCACGCGCAAGAUUGACAGGGUAGAGUUCGACUCCUCUCUCACCAAACACUUUCCUUUCAUCCAGAAGAUCGCGGACCGCCUUCAACCUGCAAUCGAGCGCGUCCUGCGUCUACCCUCCGUCGGGUCCAAGUCCUUCCUUAUCACCAUCGGCGACAGGACGAUAACGGGACUCGUCACUCGCGACCAGAUGGUUGGGCCAUGGCAGGUCCCCGUUGCAGACGUCGCUGUUACUCGUUCUUCUUACGGAUUUGACGUCCUCUGCGGUGAAGCUAUGGCCAUGGGCGAACGCACACCUCUCGCUCUACUCGACGCCGCUGCUUCUGCCCGUAUGGCCGUCGCCGAGUCGCUGACCAACCUCGCCGCGGCGCACGUCGGCGAUCUGUCUCGUGUGAAACUUAGCGCGAACUGGAUGUGCGCGGCCUCGAACGAGGGUGAGGGUGCAGCGCUCUAUGACGCUGUCCAUGCGGUGGGUAUGGAGCUGUGCCCCGCCCUGGGUGUUGGCAUCCCAGUGGGCAAGGAUUCGAUGUCGAUGUCGAUGCGCUGGCGGGAAGGAGAGGAGCAGAAGGAGGUCAGCGCACCGUUGUCUUUGAUCAUCACAGCAUUCGCGCCUGUGGAAGACGUGGGCAAGACCUGGACGCCUCAACUACGUUCAGAGGACGAGCCCACAAGUCUGAUCUUCUUCGAUCUGGCGAAUGGGAAGGAACGGAUGGGUGGGUCGGCCCUUGCACAAGUCUUCAAGGAGAUUGGGGCGCAAGCGCCCGAUGUUGAGGAUCCUUUGGUUCUCAAAACUUUCCUGAAAGGAUGCCAGGAUAUCAAGUUGAGCCACCCCAAUCUCGUCUUGGCCUAUCACGACCGCUCAGACGGAGGGUUGUUCACGACUAUUGUCGAGAUGGCUUUCGCUGGCCAUAUCGGUGUGGAGAUCUCGCUCGACGCUCUCCACUCCGUGGAGAACCCUAUCUCUACGCUGUUCAACGAAGAGCUCGGAGCUGUAGUCCAAGUCCGCCAGACCCAGCUCGCUGAACUCGUCGCCGCUUUUAACAACGUCGGGUUCCCAUCCACUUCUAUCCACGUCCUUGGUCGAGUCAACACGCCAGGAGAUGAGAAUAUUUCAAUCAUCCACCAGUCGGGCCUGCUUUAUUCUGCGCAACGGGCCGAUCUCCAACGAUUGUGGGCAGAGACUUCUUUUAGGAUGCAAGCUCUCCGAGACGAUCCCGCUGGGGCUCAGGAAGAAUUCGAUCUCAUCAACGACAAAAGCCACGCUGGCCUUUUCUACGACCUUUCUUUCACCCCGUCGCCAACUACCGCGUUGUCUGUGCGUCCCAAAGUCGCCAUUCUCCGAGAGCAAGGUGUCAAUGGCCAGAUAGAAAUGGGCUGGGCGUUCACUGAAGCUGGGUUCGACGCUCUGGAUGUGCACAUGUCCGACAUCCUCAGCGGCACUGUCAGCCUCUCCUCCUUCCGUGGCCUCGCUGCGUGUGGUGGGUUCUCCUACGGCGACGUCCUUGGUGCUGGAAAGGGCUGGGCAAACUCCGCCUUGUUGAAUGAUACCGCGAGACGCGAAUUCACUGAUUUCUUCGCUCGCCCGGACACCUUCGCGUUGGGCGUGUGCAAUGGGUGCCAGUUCCUCAGCCAUCUGCGCGAGAUCAUUCCGGGUACUGAGGACUGGCCUGAGUUCAAGCCAAAUCGAAGCGAGCGGUUCGAAGGGAGAGUCUCGGUGGUUGAGGUCGUGGACAGUGAAGUAACUCAAAAAUCCAUGUUCCUUUCUGGCAUGGUCGGUUCCAAGCUACCUGUAGCGGUAGCACACGGGGAAGGGCGAGCGUCGUUUGAUCUGUCCUCGCAGAAGGAGUGCCUGGAGGCUGCUGGGCUCGUUGCCAUUCGUUAUGUUGACGGACAGGGCAAGGCGACUGAGGUUUACCCGCUCAACCCGAACGGAAGUCCUGGUGGGAUUACGGGCGUGCAGACACCCGACGGACGUGUCCUAGCGUUGAUGCCCCAUCCUGAGCGUGUUGUCGCUCUCGAAAGCAAUAGCUGGUAUCCGCCGUCUCUCAAGAAAGAGUGGGGUGGAAUGGGUCCGUGGUUCAAGCUUUUCCAGAGCGCGAGGGCAUGGUGUAACUAG